UUCAUCCCAUUUCCCUCGUAAGCAGCCAUGAGAGUGUGUGAGUCAUGAACAAACUCUCUCUGUGUUUGAGUAACCGAAUGUGAGGUUGUUGAACUCUACGCACCGCCUCGUGUUGUUUGAUGCUUUAUAAAUAUAGCCAACGCGCCAGCACCUCAUUUGAAUGUCGGCAUCGCAGAGAAUCCUCUGCAAUCUCUCACUCUCUCUUCCUCGUUCUUAUUUUUCUUCUUCGAAAUCCAUAGAUUUCUUCUUCCUUCGUUCCUCUCGUUCUUAUUUAACCCUAGCGCGCUCUCUCCGUUUUACUUCCUCCGUUUCAUCUUCUUCUUCUUCAGUAAUCGCGCCUUUAGAUCAGGUCUUUAAUAUGCAGAGAAGAGGAACAUGGAAACAAAAGCCAACAACUAACAUAACAUCUUCAGCCAUGGAGGAUGCAUCCUCUUCCACUGCAGAAGCCAUCAGUAACAGAUUAAGUGGAUUGAGUAUUGCUGAAAACAAUGGACAAUCUCAUGCUUCUGUUCCAGCUGUCGAAUUUGGGAUUGUGCAAGUGGCAAACCAGGGUCCCAUGCAAGGUCAAAAAGCAAUGUGGAAAACAAGGUUGUAUGGGACGGUGAGUGGAGCCACAGAAACUGGAAAUGCAUCUGAAGCAGCAACAUCCCAAAAAAGCACCAUGAGUUUGAGUAAGAUAUUUAAGGAAAAUCUGUUGGAAAAUUUUACAGUGGAAGAUUCAACUUAUUCACUUGCUGAAAUUAGAGCCACAUUCUAUCCUAAAUUCGAAAAUGAGAAGUCUGAUCAAGAGGUCAGGGCAAGGAUGAUAGAAGUGGUAUCUAAAGGCCUGGCAACCUUGGAGGUUUCGCUUAAGCACUCUGGUUCUCUUUUUAUGUAUGCGGGUCAUAAGGGUGGAGCAUAUGCCAAGAACAGCUUCGGCAAUAUAUACACUGCUGUCGGUGUUUUUGUCCUUGGACGGAUGUUUCGUGAGGCGUGGGGUGCUGAAGCUCUCAAAAAGCAAGCUGAGUUCAAUGGUUUUCUUGAGGAGAAUCGUAUUUGUAUAUCAAUGGAAUUGGUAACUGCUGUUUUAGGAGAUCAUGGACAGCGUCCUCGAGAAGAUUAUGCUGUGGUGACAGCAGUCUCAGAAUUGGGCAAUGGAAAGCCAAAGUUUUACUCGACUCCCGAAAUAAUUGCAUUUUGUCGGAAAUGGCGUUUGCCAACAAAUCAUGUGUGGUUGUUCUCAACUCGGAAAUCGGCGACUUCAUUUUUUGCAGCUUAUGAUGCACUCUGUGAAGAAGGAACAGCAACUUCUGUAUGCAGGGCUCUUGACGAAAUUGCUGAUAUAUCUGUACCAGGUUCUAAAGAUCAUGUUAAGGUUCAGGGUGAAAUUUUAGAGGGUCUAGUGGCUCGUCUCGUAAGCCAUGAGAGCUCAAAGCAUAUUGAGGAGGUUUUGAGAGAUUUUCCUCCUCCGCCAAUUGAGGGAGCUGAUCUUGAUUUGGGACCAAGCCUGAGGGAAAUUUGUGCUGCAAAUAGGUCAGAUGAAAAACAGCAAAUAAAAGCGCUUCUUCAGAGUGUUGGCUCAUCAUUCUGUCCUGACUAUUUAGACUGGUUUGGAAUUGAAACUGGUGAUACUCAUUCAAAAAAUGCUGACAGAUCUGUUCUUACAAAAUUUUUGCAAGCUCAUCCUGCUGAUUUUUCAACUGCCAAGUUGCAGGAAAUGAUUCUUUUGAUGCGAGAGAGGCGUUUCCCAGCUGCCUUUAAAUGUUAUCAUAACUUCCACAAGAUUGACUCUGUUUCAAAGGACAAGCUUUUCUAUAAAAUGGUCAUUCAUGUUCACAGUGACUCAACUUUUCGCCGAUACCAAAAAGAGAUGAGGCACAAGCCAGGAUUGUGGCCGUUAUAUCGAGGUUUUUUUGUUGAUAUUAAUUUAUUCAAGGCAAACAAAGAAAAAGCUGCUGAAAUUGCAAAAAACAACAGUAUGGGAGGAAUUUCUAGUGGCAAUGGCGGCCUACCGGGAAAAGGUGAUUUGGCUGAUGAUGAUGCAAACUUAAUGAUUAAACUGAAGUUCCUCACUUACAAGAUUAGAACAUUUCUCAUUCGUAACGGCUUGUCAACUCUUUUCAAGGAUGGUCCGGCUGCUUACAAAGCCUACUACUUGAGGCAAAUGAAAAUAUGGGGCACUUCUCCAGGAAAGCAAAGACAACUCAGCAAGAUGCUAGAUGAAUGGGCUGUGUACAUACGGAGAAAGCAUGGAAACAGACAACUAUCAUCAUCAGUAUAUCUUUCUGAAGCUGAGCCUUUCCUCGAGCAGUAUGGUAGACGAAGUCCUGAGAAUCAGGCUCUGAUAGGGUCUGCUGGAAACUUAGUGAGUGCUGAAGAAUUCCUGGCCAUUGUUGAACGAGGUAGGGAUGAAGAAGGUGAUCUUGAGACUGAGCGGCAGGUACCACCAAGCGCCAGACCCUCAGUCAAGGAUGCAGUUCAGAAAGAUGAGGGUUUAAUAGUUUUCUUUCCAGGAAUACCCGGUUGUGCUAAGUCUGCUCUUUGCAAGGAAUUACUGAAUGCCCCAGGAGGACUUGGAGAUGAUAGGCCAGUCCAUAGUUUGAUGGGUGACCUAGUAAAAGGAAAAUACUGGGCUAAAGUUGCUGAUGAACGGAGGAAAAAACCAUAUUCUAUUUUGCUUGCUGACAAGAAUGCCCCAAAUGAAGAAGUCUGGAGACAGAUCGAAAGCAUGUGCCGCAGCACUAGAGCUUCUGCAGUUCCUGUUGUACCUGAUUCUAAAGGAACGGAUACAAAUCCCUUUUCUCUCGAUGCAUUAGCUGUUUUCAUGUUUCGUGUGCUUCAAAGAGUUAAUCAUCCGGGGAAUCUUGACAAGAAUUCUCCAAAUGCUGGCUAUGUGCUGCUAAUGUUUUAUCACCUUUAUGAUGGCAAGAGCCGUGAAGAGUUUGAGAGGGAAUUAGUUGAACGUUUUGGUUCUCUUAUCAAAAUGCCAUUACUUAAAGAUGACAGGAGUCCUCUGCCUGAUGGUGUGAAGUCUGUUUUGGAGGAGGGUAUAAAUCUGUACAAGCUUCACACUAACAGACAUGGAAGAUUGGAGUCCACCAAAGGAUCUUAUGCAAAGGAAUGGGCUAAAUGGGAGAAACAGUUGCGAGACACUUUAGACAGCAAUGCUGACUAUAUUGGCUCUGUUCAGGUUCCGUUUGAGUCUGCAGUUAAGCAAGUGUUGGAACAACUAAGGCUUGUUGCAAAGGGUGAGCACGAAACACCGAGUGCUGAGAAGAGGAAGUCUGGAGCCAUUGUUUUUGCUGCUGUUUCUUUACCUGUUACAGAGAUCCAAAGCCUCCUUAAAAAUUUGUCUGGGAAGGAUCCAAACAUUGAGCUCUUUUUCAAGGACAAAGACAUGGAGCAUUGCCUGAAGAAGGCACAUGUUACUCUGGCUCACAAGAGGAGCCACGGUGUUCCAGCUGUUGCCAGUUAUGGUCCCUUCCUCCAUCAAAAGGUACCUGUUGAAUUGACGGCAUUGCUCUUCACCGAUAAAAUGGCUGCAUUGGAAGCUCAACUUGGUUCUGUUGAUGGAGAAAAGAUUGUUUCCAGAAACGAGUGGCCCCAUGUUACCAUAUGGACUGGAGAGGGAGUUCCACCGAAGGAGGCUAACACGUUGCCACAAUUGCAUUCAGAAGGGAAAGCAACCCUCAUUGAAAUCAACCCCCCGGCUACCAUAUCAGGCACAAUGGAAUUUUAUUAACUUCUUCCAUCUUUUUCUUCUUUCCUUUUAUCAUGUGGCCACUCAUGAAAUGGAUUGGUCUAAAUUUUAUUUUAUGAAUUUCCAUGUCAUGAGAUUCUUUGGCUACUUGGUAGUGAAAAUGCUGAAGGUGAGGGUAGAUUAGAUACUUAAAAUAAUAAUAAUAAU